AUGGCUGAGAAGAAAGGUGAUCUACAUGGCAUCAGACUGGGACGGCAAGGCCCUGCAGUACAUCACCUACUGUUUGCUGAUGACUCGCUGCUGAUGUGUAAGGCUUCCAAGGAGGAGAGCUUAGUCAUUAUUGAUUGUCUCAGACGCUAUGGUGAAGCAUCGGGACAGGUGAUAAACAAGCUGAAAUCUUCAGUAAUCUUUGGUGCCAAGGUAUCAGAGCAAGACCGAGCCGAGAUCAAACGGAUUUUGGAGAUAGAUAAACAAGGAGGUGAUGGUACUUAUUUAGGAUUACCUGAAUGUUUCAAAGGUUCAAAGGUUGAGCUUUUAAACUUUAUCCGUGAAAAGCUUCAUGCGAGGUUGAAUGGAUGUUUUCAAGUUGCCCAAAGAUUCCAUGAUAUCAGCAGAUUCAAUCAGUCUUUACUAGCUAAACAGGCCUGGCGCAUCUUAAUAAAUCCAGAGUCUCUUAUCGCUAAGGUUCUCAAAAGCAAGUAUUGGAAGAAUGGAGAAUUUAUGGAGUGUGGUCUCGGCUCAAGACCUUCUUUCGCUUGGCGAAGUAUCCUACAUGGUAGAGAGCUGUUGGAAAAAGGCCUACUGAGAAGAGUGGGAUAUGGCUCUACGACUUAUGCUUGGACUGAGAACUGGAUUAUGGGGCCACUUCCUAGACCUCCAAUGUACCGAAUGGAUGCACAAGUAGAUCUGACUCUUAUGGUUUCAGACCUUCUGAUUCCAAACUCCAACUUGUGGGACGCGUCAAAGAUUCGAAGUUUAUUUGUAGAAGAAGAUGCCAACACCAUUUUGAAUAUGAUAGUGGAAAGGCACAAGCCUGCUGCGCUCAUGUGGGGUCUCACUAGUCAUGGAGCCUACUCCUCUCAAUCUGGCUACAAACUAACGGAGACCCUUACCAGCUUAAACUCCUCGCACCACCACGGCCUUCCGCCUGUGGAGAAAAUGCUAUGGAAAAGUAUAUGGAAAUUGCAAACGUCUCCGAAGAUUCGACACUUUGUGUGGAGGGCAUUAGCUGGAGCAUUAGCAGUCUCAGAUCAACUGAGAUCACGUGGUUUACAGGUUGAUACUACAUGUAAGUCAUGUGGGAUGGGUCGUGAAACGAUAUGUCAUACCUUAUUCUCUUUCUCAACAGCUCGAGAUGUUUGGAGUGCUGCAAACCUCCCAUUACCUCCUCGUGGCCUGUCUACAAACUCUGUGUUUCUGAACCUUCAUCACUUGGUUGCUUACACAAGAAGUAGAGACAUCACUGUUAAGCUCAAACGGAGUAUUCCAUGGUUGUUAUGGCACAUCUGGAAAGCUAGGAAUGGUUUGAUGUUUGAAAAAAUCCGGUUAUCUCCAUCUUCUAUUGUUAACAAGGCCGAGGAAGAGGCUGAAUCCUGGUUUAAUGCUAACUUUCCAGAAGAGAACAUGAUCCAGUACCAGACCCUGUAUAACCAUCAACGCAUCGUCUGGCAAGCUCCUCCGCCAGGAAUGCUUAAAUGUAACAUUGGUGUUUCAUGGGUAAAUGGGUCAGUUAACUGUGGAGUCUCCUGGAUCACUCGUGACACAAGAGGGAAAGUCCUAAUGCAUAGUCAUCGAUCUUAUUCUAUGGUGCAAUCGCGUGAAGAGGCUGAACUAUAUGCUAUCUUAUGGGCAAUAGAAAGUAUGCAGACCUUAAGACUUGAUAACAUCAUUUUCAAGACUUCCUUUACUCAUGCACGACGCUGUUUAUAUCAUUGGGAUGGUCAGGUAUGUGCUCCUGAAUCCUACCGAACUUUAAACAUCAUCAACUCAAAGUUACAGCUAAUAUCGGCAUGGAGCCUAGACUAUGUUCUUCCAGCAAGAAACUCCAUUGCUUCGAGAAUCACAGUAAGUGUGACUUCGAAUCAUCUAUACCAAUCUUAUAUCGCAAGGAAUGGACCUUCUUGGCUUCAUCAGGCGAUAGCAGAAGAAGCGUAA